AGUCUUUGUUUACUCCGGAGACAAUUUCCUGGUAGACCGUGUGGAGAUCGUGACGUGGUGAUUGGUCGUCUAGCUGUGUAGUGAAAUCUGUUUACAGCUGAAAUCGAUUUUAUUGUGUUUGGGUCGCCCAUCGUUGGUCCUGAGGAUUAAGGAGUUCUAUUGUUUGCGCUCAGAAAGUUUGAACGGUCCUGUUGACGGAAAUCGAGCUGUUUGCUUCCGACUUGUGCGGUGAGUUCGCUAAGGCCUCAGAGAAGCCCGGAGAACAUUUGGAGCUAGCAGAGAGCUUGAUCUAACUCAAGAUAGAGAUUCAAGUUGACUGACUGGUUUUGAGCCGCAUUUUUGUCCUUCCUGGAGUUUCUUUCAGAUAGUCAUUUUGUCUGGGUUAGCUUUGACGCUAUUAUAACUGUCAGCUGUAGUUCACUCAAGUGUCCAUCACGCCAGCCCGUGGGUGUGGGUGUGUAUUAGCUUUGUUAUUGCCUGCUGACUGGGCUGGAUCAGGGGUAAUAAUCUCAUGUGAUUCUGCCUGUGUCAUCUUUGAAAUUAGAUCAUCGUGGUUGUGUGGUUGAAUCUGCUGUGACGGACUGGGCGGAAGUGAUCCAGACAGAGGGGCAGCAUGAAACUCUACAGUCUCAGCAUCCUCCAUAAAGGAGCGACCAAAGCAAACCUCCUCAAAGCGGCCUAUGAUCUCUCCUCGUUCAGCUUCUUUCAGCGAUCCAGGUGAGUGACACUUACUCAGAGCCAUGUUUAAUAAACAAGACAUUUAAUCAUCUUCAUUUUGUGUUGUCAAGAAAGAAGUUUCCAGUCAUUUGUGUACAUUUUAAUGUGUGAUCAUAUCGACUCAGUGACACUGUUUUCCUCUUUUAGUGUUCAAGAGUUCAUGACCUUCACCAGUGCCUUGAUCGUAGAGCGAACAUCACAAGGAAGCCGUGCCUCUGUCAAAGAACAAGGUAACAGAGGCAUAUCUGUCAACCCCUGUGGGUGUUACUCAAAGCUUUCCAUCAGGACUGGGCGAUUUGGCAAAAAAAAAGAAAGAUCACAAUAUAUUUUGUCAUAUCGUCCGAUCUCGAUUAUUAUCACGAUUCUUUUUUUUUAACUGCCAGUUUUAAAGUAUCUGUACUAAAAACUAAAGAAACUAGAGAUUAGUUCAACAUUUUAUUAACAUACAAAGUAAAUAACAAAGCAAAUUGAACAAGAUACACUUAGAAAAAUUUUAACUCAAUAGUACAGCAAAUGUAGUUAAAUACUAAAUAAUACAGUGAGCUAGUUUACAGUACUGAGUGUUUCUGCAGGUAUGCAAGACCCAAAAUAAACAAAUCACCCCCUCAGGAAUAAUGAAAUGCCUUAAAAUGUAAACAUUAGAUGAUGUAAACGUAGAUGAUACGAUUCAUAGCUGCUUUGGUCUGGUGGCUGAACCGCUUGUACCGUCAGCAGUGUCAGGCUGUGCAGACUCUCCUCGCAUUUUUUAAUGCUUUCAGCAUAACCACUCAGGAAGUACUUCUUCAAAUGAUUAAACAGAUUUGUUGUGUUGCCGGUUUUUGAGGGUACUGACAUACCUUGCACAUUGGCUUCAUUGCUCGACGUCACUUUAGAGAUACCCGAACCACCGCCACACAACCAACGUUGAGUAACUUUUCUUCUCAACAAUGGCAUCUUUGGAGGAUGACUCAAAGUCAUGGCUGACAUCUAUUUUGCUGCCCGCAGCUCAGGGUUUUGCUGAAAUGGGGCAGGAAAAGCUUGACUCUAAUUGGUUGUUGUCACGCUCAUUCCACUAUAUUUGAUCAAGUAAAUGUGCUCUCAGCUGAUGAACGGGAUUGAACUGAAAUUUAUUACGAUCAUUUAUCACAAUCAUAUAAUCGCCCAGUCCUACUUUCCAUAGCCAGCUCAUGUGUUUGAUGUAAUGCAGAAUCCUGUGGCUAGUAUUGAUGUUAUCAUGUUUGUUGCAUUGGUUGUAAAAUCAGCAGAGAUCAGUAAGCAACUCCAAAACUAACUACCAAAAUGAAAGACACUUGUAGUCACAUGAUUCAUGAAGCUUUUGUCAGGAUAUAAUGUGGGAAAAAAACGCUGCUACAGUGGUGGAUUAAUCAACCCUUGUUUGGAGGAUAUUGAAUUAACUUGGGGUAACAGAAUCUUGCACUUGGACUGUUGCCUUCCUGCCAAAAGUGCACAAGUUUGUAACUUAUAACCAGGUAAUGUUUCCUUUCUAUAAAUAGUUGAUCUUUCUUUCAGAGUACCUGUGCCACGUGUAUGUAAGAAAUGACAGCCUGGGCGCAGUGGUCAUUGCUGAUAAUGAAUACCCACAGAGAGUCUGUUUUACAUUGCUAGACAAGGUGGGUAUAAAGAUCUGUAAAAACAUAUCAUUGUUAUUCCUCUAAACCAUAGAAUUAAACAUCUCAGUUUGGAUCUGUUUGUUGUAGGUAUUAGAUGAGUUCUCCAGGCAGGUGGACAGUAUAGACUGGCCCUCCGGUAGUCCCGAAACCAUCAACUAUAAAGCCCUGGAUAUUCACCUUUCUAAAUACCAGGUGAGCUUGUUUUCUGUUCGUUAUUAUAAUGUAAUCAGUAUGACUAGACAGUGACUGUAUUUUGUUGAAAGAUUCAAGUAGGUGCCUGCAGUUUUCAGAUUUACUUCACACUCCUAGCACUGUUUGUUAAAUCAUAACUAGAUAUGUUCAUAAAUAAUAAAAGAGAUUCACUUAAAUUUGUCUUUUUAUCCCAAAUGUUGCUAACAAAUUUGUAUGUAAUUGCCAUGUUUCUAACAGCUUGUUUGGUCUUUCCCCGCAGAAUCCCAGGGAAGCAGAUGCAAUGACCAAAGUUCAGGCAGAGUUGGAUGAGACUAAGAUCAUUUUGGUAAAUACUUGACACUCCUUUAUCAAUGUAAAAUGCAACAAAAAAACUUUUCUUCGCCAAGUUUUUGUUACCCAGAAUUGUAGCAGUGCAUGCAAACUAAUAUUGAACACCAGUCUGGUUCUAGUGUUGUAAAAUAUAUAUAUACACACACACUACAGGCCAAAAGUUUGGAAGCAAGAUCAGAUUUGUACAAAAAAGAUCAUAGUUUCAUGUUUAUAAUUUUAUAAUUUCACUAUAAUUAUUAGGUAUUUGAGUUACUGUUGCUUAGACUUUGCUUUCUUUAAAAUACCCUCCUCUGGCUUUAACAACAGCUUGGCAUAUACCAGGCAUUCGUUCCACAAGUUUUUUUAAGGUAUGUUCCAGGGAUUGCAUUCCAAGCUUUCUUAAGUUGCUGCUGAUUUGUGGGACGUGUUUUUCUGACCGAUAGAUCCAAUUCAUCCAGCACAAGCUCAAUUGAGAAAGGUCUGGAGACUGAGGGGGCCAAACCAUCUUUUGAAGAACACCGUCCUCUUCUUUUUUGUCUCAGUAACCCUGACAGAGCUUGGCAGAGUGCUUAGGAUCAUUGUCUUGCUGAGCCACAAGUCUUAGUCCAGAUGGAACAGCAUGGUGCUGGAGGAUGGAGUGGUACUGUUCCUUCUUCAUAAUACCCUUUACUUCAAACAAAUCUCCUACUCCAUCACCUGCAAAACAUCCCCAUACCAUGGAACUGCCACCUCCAUGCUAAAUUGUGGGUGUAACACAUGGUACUUUCAGACGUUCACCAGUUUGUCUGCGGACAUAGACUCUGUGUUUUGAACCGAAUAGUGCAAACUUGUUUCUUGUCAUCAUAAGUCCAAUUUUUGUGAGCUUUUGCCCACUCAUAUCUCUUUUUCUUGUUCUGUGGAUGAAGUAGUGUUUUUCGCAGAUACACAACCCUUCAGACCAGCCUUUCUCAAACGUCAUUUCACGGUUGUCAGAGAUAUGGGUUUCGACCUUGUCAUGUUGAUUUCCUCCCUUAUUUUUGGUGCUGUCUUUCCCUGAUCUCUCUUACUGGUGACAAUGAUAUGUUUAUCCUCUGCUUUUGUAGUAACUCUCUUUCAUCCAGGUCUUUUUCUAUCAUCAUAACUUCCAGGUUCCUCUAGUCUCUUCAGAGUGUAGUGGACUCCUUUGUUAAACACCUUUAGGCGUUUUACAAUUUUCUGUUUCUGUGUAUCCUUCUUUCCUCAAUGUACAAAUAUGUACUUUAGUUUCUUUACUCAGUUGCUUCUUUCUAGCCAUUUUUGCGGUAGUUUGAACGCAGUUGAGAUUUAUUAGAAUUUUUGUAUGCAGACUCUCAAAAGCCAAAAAGUUGAAGUGAAAUUCAACUGUGAUUUGUUUUUUUGCUUUUGCACUGAAGUUGUGACUCUUGCAAAUGUUUUCAACCCUGCAACCAAGCCCUUAUUAUCUUUUGCUGACAUAUAUUUGGCAAUGGUCUGUUAACAUCAAUGCAUAUCUUAAGGUAAAUGGAGUAAAAUGGUGCAUUUCCGUGAAAGCAACAUCUGAUCAUGAAGUAAAUACAUCCAAAAAUACAUGAAACUCAUGCUGGAUUUUAAAAAAAGCAUUUUGAACAAAAACGUAAAGUUACUCCCAACUGUUUGGCUUGUAAUGGCCUUGCUUCCAAACUUUUGGCCUGUAGUGUAUAUAUACAGUAUUUUUAAAAUAUAUAUUUACUCAUGUAUAAGUGGUAACAGAAGUACAACGUCUUGAAAUCUGUAGCAGAGUUUUCAUCAUUAAUUAACCUCCAGGAUUUUCCAGUGUGCAAAUUUGCUGACAAACUCUUGAUGCCAGUAUUUACCUGCCACCACCACACUGUUGCUGCUCACAUAGCAAAUUGCCUGAAAAAGAUUCUUGGUUGCUUGAAAACAAGUUGUCAUUGACAGCCACAGUGUGCUCAAAGAUACAGCCCAGUGUAACUGUUUCUAAUAAGCUCCUGUUUUGGAGUUGAUCAUACAUAACUGAAGAAACAAGUCAAGUUUUUAGAAGGCAUGUAGAUUCUGAUUUAACACAGACUGAUCAUUUUGUGGCUCUAUAUACUUGAAAUUUUGAUGUAACAUUGUUUAAACUAUUAUUUUGUUUCUUUAGCACAACACUAUGGAAAGUUUGUUGGAACGUGGAGAGAAGCUGGAUGAUCUUGUUGCAAAAUCAGAGCACCUUGGAAACCAGUCCAAAGCCUUCUACAAGACUGUGAGUACUGUUGUCUCAGCUCUUUCACUUAUGAAUGUCUAGAGUUCGUUCACUCAGUUCAAUCCUUGACUGUGCGUCUGUGUGUCGACCCCGCAGGCACGGAAACAGAACUCAUGCUGUGAAAUCAUGUGAUGCUGCUGCCUCGUUCCUCGUGGACACAUGCCUCUCUGCCUUUCUGCUUUUCCUACAACUCCCAUCAUGCACCAGCCACCAGCUCUCAACACUAAGGACAGAACAGACUUUGUCUUAUCUGAGAUGGGGCUCCAGGAUAAGAGCGAGAAAGGGUGGAAAGGCGAAGAGUGGCUGAUCCAGGACUGUGACUGAUGGGGGCUGAAGCAGUGAUGGGGUUCUGUCUGAGGGAGGAGAAACGUAACAUUUGAAUAAUUUUUAACCUUAUUACAGGGGUUAACAUCUGUGCAGUGUUUCAAUACCAGCUGAGGACAAAUAGUGUGACGUGGAUCGGUGAUGUGUGUUUCAAACAUCUUUAAAUGUUUUUCAGAUUUAAUCAAAUCUUCAUAGUCUUAUUAAAAGUCCUAACACCUGCGAUAGUAUUAACCACAGUUGUGCUUGUGCCUCAAGGCCACUCUGACAAUCUCACAGUCUUAUUUUGUGAAUUCAUUAGGUGUCAAUUAAGCGUUGCGUUUAGUUCAGUUUUUCAGAAACCCACAAGGUGGCCCUGUUCAUUUACACCAUUUUGUUUCAGUGAGCCUCGUCGUAGGGCUCAGUUCAAAAAGUGUGAGUGAAGGCAUUGGUGAACGCCUCGAUGUUUGAUAUCAAAAUCUUAAAGAAUUUUAUCUUGAAAGAAGUUAGCUCGGCAGGAUUUGGUGAUUUCUCUGCUUUUCUUUCUCUCGUAAUAUUGAAAUCUGAAACAUUCCCACUUUGGAUGAGUGUGUUGUUGAGUGAUGCAUCUGAAAGCUGACGGGGAGUGAUAGAUUUGAUGUAAAAUGUAGACAGAACUUUUUUUUUCUUCUUCUUGACACAGCCUUAUUGCAGUGUGGCUAACAUUAACCCCUCACAGUCCUGUUUUAUUAUAAUGUCUCUUGGGAAGGACUGGACUUAUAACGCUGUUCUCUUUUACUCUGUGUACUGUAGCUUUGCUUUCACUAUGACAGCCACCACACACAGUGAUCCAUAAGAAGGUUUUCCAGACAGCUGAAGUCCAGUCCUGGACUUACCCGUACCUCUCUAAUCUCAGAUCACUGAUAUUUAACCAUCUCUAAUUGUGACUGGGGUGAUUCUGGAGAACCUCAGGAGCUGCUCCUGCUGGUUUCCCCUAAAAUGGAUCUAAAAAGAGAACAGAUGUUUUCUCAGUGAUGUUAUAACUUAAAUUUCUUCACGUACAAGUCUUUUUAAAGACACUCCACAACAGCUGACUCUUUUUAUUGUCAGCACUGUUUGCUUUGUUUGUAGGUGGGACUGGGUAGAGGAUCUUUCUUCAGGAACUGCAGAUCAGUUAAAGAUAAAGAGAUGCCUUCGGUUGUGUAUUUUAGAUAUUUCUCUGCUCGCUUUCUGCCGUAUGUGUGUGUGUAUGAUUUGCUGAUAUACACCAUCAGGCUGCUGUUGAGUGCCUGUGUGUGAGAACUAAUGAGUGUUGUAUGUGUUAUCUGAACUGUUCUCUCUGCUUUUACAGUGUAAAAUUGUGUGCAAUAUCUCUGCAGACUGUUGGUGUGUGUGUCGCUCUUCAAUGUGGAGAGAAUUGAAAUGAUUCUCAACAAGGACAGUAAACUGACCUUUGUAUAUGCUAUUCUUAUGACUAAUUCCAGUUUGAAGUGUGUCCAGGGUUGUAUUUGAAAAUUUUGUUUAAUUUCUUCUUUUUCAAAUUUCAAAUUGAUGUACUGAAUUAAAAAUCUGUCAGAUCUAUGAAGUCAUGCUGUAGCUCUUUGCAGGUCAGGCUUUGCUGAUCAGUGUAUUGUAAAUGGUCUGCAUUAAACGUUUUGGGCCCUGAUGUGGUCUGCAAAUUUAAAACAGAUAUCGGAUAAUAAACUGUUCUUUUCUCUCUGUAAUA